AUGAAUCAACUUAGUGGUUUUAAUUUAGGAUUAGAAGAAAAUCAACAUUGUGCUGAAUUAGAAAAAGAACUUGAUCAAGUUAAUAAAGAAAUUGGUGAAGUUCAAUAUGGUCAUUUAAUUGAUCUUUGUGAAUCGACACAUAAACAUUUUCAAAUGGUAAUUACAAAAGUUCUUGGUCGUAAUAUGGAUUCUAUUGUUGUUCAACAUGAAACUACUGUUCAAUCAUGUUUACACUAUAUGAAAGAACAUCGUUAUGAAUUCGAAGCUUUUUUAUCACUUGAUUAUGUUAUAGUAACACCAGUGAAUGAAUAG